UGUUCAGUAUGUAAACAGAAAUUACUUUCUCCUUCCAAUAUUUCUGUUCUUGGAUUUAAAAACGCGCAUGUUCUAUACCCUGUUGCACAGUGACCGGCAAUGACCAAAACAAAGAUUUUCAGUUGAUAAUAGAAUCUCAACCGCAAGACACACAAAAAAACAAUUGCUCCUAAAUUUGUUAAACAAAAAAGUUGGAAAAAAAACUCUUAAUUAUGAAAAAGUGGAAAUCGAAUACGGUUCCGAUAUUUUCUGGAAAAGUCGCCGACUCAAGUACUGCAACAAAACGAAAUGCAACAUACAAUCCCAAAUUCCCAACUCUAAUUUUAAGUGUUGUCAAUGAGAAUGCUUCAAAACUACAAUCAGAACAAUCAGUGACCUUGAAUAUUGCCGGACCUGAAUUAAGUAAUUAUGAAAAAGUUAAAGUUGUUGGACAAGGUUCAUUUGGUAUAGCAAUUUUAUAUCGUCGCAAAUCCGAUGGACAUCCCAUAGUUUUCAAACAAAUCAAUUUGGUUGAUUUAACACCAUCCGAACGUGAUUUGGCAAUGAAUGAAGUUGAAGUAUUUUCAAAGCUUCAUCAUCCAAAUAUCAUAAGUUAUUUGGGUAGUUUUAUAAAGAAUAAUACUUUAUUAAUUGAAAUGGAAUAUGCUGAUGGAGGGACAUUAGCUCAAGUUAUAGGCGAACGAAUUGCUAGGGAAUAUUUUCCAGAGAGAUAUGUUAUAGCGGUUUUUGAACAAAUUGCAAGUGCAAUUAAUUAUAUGCAUUCGGAGAAUAUACUGCACAGAGACCUCAAAACAGCAAAUGUUUUUCUAAAUAAACGAGGAAUUGUAAAAAUUGGUGAUUUUGGAAUUUCCAAAAUUAUGAAUACAAAAAUCCAUGCUCAAACUGUAUUGGGGACACCCUAUUACUUCAGUCCAGAAAUGUGUGAAGGUAAAGAAUAUGAUCAUAAAAGUGAUAUUUGGGCAUUGGGAUGUAUUUUGGGUGAGAUGUGUUGUUUGCGUAAAACUUUUGCUGCUACAAAUCUAUCAGAAUUGGUUACAAAAAUUAUGGCGGCCUCCUACACCCCAUUGCCACCGGGUUAUUCAUCUGGUUUGAAAAGUCUUUUGAGUAAUCUUCUUCAAGUUGAUUCUACUAAACGUCCAAAUGCAUCAGAAAUUCUAGAAUACUGGAUACCAUUGAUAUUUCGAAAUCUUGGAAAACAAAAGGGAUAUUGCUAUGAAGAUGACAUUGGUCUUUCUGAUUUAACAUCCACAACUGGGAAUAUGUCUCUAGCACCUACCGCCCAAACACAAACAAAGGAAUUGAUGAAUGCUUCGACUGUAUCACCAAAUGAAAAUAUCGAAAAAAGAUCAGUUCUUUAUCAAUUGAAAUCAUUUGGGAAAAGUUUCAGCCUGAAUCCAAUACAAUUACCACCGAAGGCAUCAAUUCUAACUGUUGCAACAAGUGAUUCACAUUUUGUUGUUGUUAAUGAAGAUGGAUCCGUUUAUACUUGGGGUGAAGGUUCACAUGGACAGUUGGGAAUCAGUUCGUUGGAAGCUUGGAAGCAUUAUCCUAGUCGAAUGGAAAGCGUCCGAAAAUAUCAUGUAGUAGGAGCAUGUGCUGGAGAUGGUUUUACAAUUCUUUGGACUAAAUCUGGUGCUGUUCUCAGUUGUGGAGAUAACUCAAAAUAUUCUUUGGGUCAUGAUGAGAUCAAAACUUAUCACUCUCCAAAAGUUAUUGAGAAACUAGAAGAUAUCCACAUCAUACAAGUUGCAGCCGGCAUGGAUCAUGUUAUGGCUUUGAGUGUAGAUGGCUCUGUUUUCACUUGGGGUACAAAUUCACAUGGAGCUCUUGGAUUAGGAAGUGAACAAACUCAACAAAAAACACCCCAAAAGAUUCUUCUGGCGCAUAUCAAUAGCAAACCAACAAGAAUUUUCUGUGGUCCCAAUACCUCGGCGAUACUUUUUCAAAAUGGUGACGUUCAUGUUUGUGGAAGCAACGAUUAUAAUAAAUUGGGAUUCAAUAAGCCGGGGAAAAUUAUGGCAUUUAAAAAAGUCAUCCUCCCACGCAAAGUUAUUAGUCUUGAUCUGUCUUCAACACAUUCAGUGUUUCUUAUCGAAGGUGGUUAUGUUUUAACAAUGGGACGCAAUUCUGAGGGACAACGUGGAUUGGGUCAUUGCAAUCCAGUCGAUGUUCCAACUUUUGUUCCAGGGAUAAAAGAUAAAUAUAUUUUGAAAGUAAAAUGCAGUGAUCAAUGUACAAUUGUGUCUUCAGAUGAUAAUGUUAUUACAUUUUGGGGAACUAGAAAUGGCAUACCUGAAAUUCAGCAAAAUGCCAAUGGAAAUUCUGUGCAUUCUGAGAACCAUCAAACUGACAUCGAGUUGGGAAACAAUACAGCUGCGUUUACAAAUUUUUUGGCAUCUGUUUAUAAAUCGGAACUUAUCUUGGACCCUAUUGAUAUUUUGGCCUUGUAUUCUUCAAAGGAACAAUUUGACAAGGGAUAUUACGUUGAAGUCAACAACAUCUAUCCUCUCCCACAUAGUAUUUUAGUUCUUGUAGACACCACGACUCCAUUGAUAUCAUCUUAUGAGGAUCUUUAACUUUACAAACCAAUUUAUUUAUAUUAAAACAAAAACAUAAAUUUGAUCAUGUUAUAUAAUGUAAUUUAUUAUUUUAA